AUGUAUGUGAGUUAUCUUUUGGAUAAAGAAACCAGCAUGUAUCCAGGAUCCGCAAGGUGCAGCAGCAACAACCUGCCAGUGCAAAACUUUGUGUCUACUCCACCCUAUUCAGAUUACAUGGGAUAUCAUCAUGUGCCAACUCUGGACACCCAUGGACAGCCUGCGGGAACCUGGGGAUCUCACUAUGGCCCACAGAGGGAGGACUGGAACGCUUACGGCCCAGGACCUUCCAGCACGGUUGCUGCUGCACAGAUCAAUGGCUCCUCUCCUGGACAGGUCUCCUACACUUCUGCUGAUUACAGCUCCCUCCAUCCUGCUGGAUCUGGGGGGUUACCUCCUGUAGAUACAAUUAAUACACAGCAAAUCUCUCCCAACAGCCAAAGGCACAGCUCUUACGAAUGGAUGAGGAAAACGGUGCAAUCCACUUCCACAGGUAAAACAAGAACAAGAGAGAAGUACCGAGUGGUUUACACAGAUCAUCAGAGAUUAGAAUUAGAGAAGGAAUUUCAUUACAACAGAUACAUUACAAUCAGGAGGAAGUCUGAACUUGCUGCAAACCUAAGACUUUCCGAGAGACAGGUGAAAAUCUGGUUCCAGAAUCGCAGAGCCAAAGAAAGAAAAUUAAUGAAGAAGAAAAUGACUCAUUUUGAUGGCAGCAAUCUUGGCUCUAUGCAGAGUGACUCUGGCUCAGUGAGCCCGAUGCCAGUUCCUGACCAACAGACUCAUUCAGACAUGCCCAGUUCUUUAUUCCCACCUCCUCCACCUCCACUUCCCAUGAACGGUUUGCAGCACAGCGGGAACCUGCAGCAGGUAGUGGCCUCUCAGUGA